GUUCACAUCCCCUCAGUUACGUGGUCAAUCUGCACUUGCAUUGCUAAGAACAUUUGGGUACAACGACACCGCCAGCGGACUCAGGAGAAGAAAUCAAUGCAAUGCUGCUUCUCAGACGGUGUAGCAGCUUGACUCGAUUUGGUCCCUCCAGCUCUCAGAGGCUUCAGGUGACAUUGUGUGGAGUUCGUUUCUGCAGCAGCAGCAGCAGUGAGGACCACAGAUCGCAUCAGCGUGCCUCCACCGGUUCCAGAUGGAGAUAUGGUGUGGCGGGGCUGCUGGCCGGUACGGGCGCUGUGCUCGCUCAUGGCCUAAACCAGCAUAAGGCUGAGCAGGAAGAUGUCAGCACACAGACCAAGAGGGACAGCUCCCCCUUCCCCAUCAUCAGCCAGGAGGAAGUCACAAAGCACCGCUCUCUGGAAGAUGGGGUGUGGGUCACUUACAAGGGCGGUGUCUAUGACAUCACUGAGUUUGUGGCAAUGCACCCUGGUGGGGCUAAAAUCCUGCUGGCAGCCGGUGGCUCCCUUGAGCCUUUUUGGUCACUGUACGCUGUACACAACCAAGAACAUGUGCUGGAAAUCCUCUCUGAGUAUAAGGUUGGUGUGCUGAGUGGAGAUGACUUGAAGAAGCAGCAGGCUGUUAAAUCAUCUGACCCCUACUCUUCUGACCCUGAGCGUCACCCUGCCCUGGUCAUCAACAGCCUCAAGCCUUUUAAUGCUGAGCCGCCUCCGGAGAUCCUCUCGGACAGCUACAUUACUCCCUCUGCCCUAUUCUUCAAAAGAAACCACCUGCCGGUUCCUCAGGUGGACCUGGCUUCAUAUCGGCUGCACGUGGAGGGGCUUCCAGGCGGAAAGCUGACACUGUCUUUAGAAGAGUUGAAGACACGCUUCCCCAAACACACCAUCACAGCCACCCUGCAGUGUGCAGGCAACCGCCGGAGUGAGAUGAAUAAGGUGAAACAGGUGAAAGGGCUGAACUGGGGCAUAGCAGCCAUCAGUAAUGCCAAAUGGAGCGGGGCGAGGCUUAGGGAUGUCCUGCAGGCUGCUGGCUACGGGCCGGACGUCGCCCAGUCGGCUCGCCACGUCCAGUUUGAGGGACUGGAUAAAGACGUUACAGGGACUACUUAUGGUGCCUCGAUUCCUCUGAACAAGGCGGUCAGUGAGGAGGGCGAUGUGCUCCUCGCCUAUGAGAUGAAUGGUGAGGAUAUUCCCCCUGACCACGGCUUCCCAGUGCGGGUUGUGGUACCAGGCGUGGUGGGAGCGCGCAAUGUGAAGUGGCUGGGUAAGAUCAUAGUAAGUGCAGAGGAGAGCAGCAGCCACUGGCAGCAGAACGACUACAAAGGCUUCUCCCCGGGGACGGACUGGGACACGGUGGACUUCAAAUCUGCUCCAGCCAUCCAGGAGCUGCCCAUUCAGUCUGCCAUCACCUCGCCAGCAGAUGGCGCCAUGAUCGAUCGCAGUGAGGAAACCAUAACGGUGAAGGGCUACGCGUGGAGCGGUGGGGGUAGAGAGGUGGUGCGUGUAGACGUGUCUGUGGAUGGAGGGAAAACAUGGAAUGUGGCUCGGCUGAGCAGUGGUGACAAGGGACAGACUCCGGAACCCUCGCCUCCACCGGGGCGAGCAUGGGCCUGGAAGCUGUGGGAGGUGUCUGCUCCUCUACCCGCUGAGGCUCAAGAGAUGGAGAUUAUUUGCAAGGCAGUUGACAACAGCUACAACAUUCAGCCGGACACGAUUCCUCCCAUCUGGAACCUGAGGGGCGUGCUUAGCAACGCCUGGCACAGAGUGAAGGUGAAGGUCAGGGAGGAUGAGAGUGAGGAAUAGAGUCCCCCUACAGACCCCAAAAUGUAUGCCUCAAGCUGAGUCACCAUGGAAUGAAAUGUUCUCUGAGUACGUGUCAACAGGAAAAGGAAGCUGUUUAUCGUAGCGUUGCUCAAUAACCCAAAGUUUAUUGGAAAAGCAGGUCUGACGCAUUUAUAUGAAUCUGUUGUGAAAAUCAAAAGAUUUACAGAGGCACAUAAACUGAAGGAAGUAGAAGGCUGUAAAUGACUGAAACCAAGCAUGUCUGGUUGCAUCUGCUAGAUUAAUUUACACUGAGUCUGAUGUGAAGUGGACUGACAGUCAAUAAUGGGCACAUGGUAAUUAAUAUCAAAUCUACCAAAUCCAUCUACAGAUAUUGGAAAUAAUAUACAAGUUAAAUGGAGUUGUUGCUUUAUAUCAAAGUGCAUUUUGAAGUAGUUGAGUUGACCAACAGCUAAACACUCAGACAACAAUCAACCUUGACAAUUAAGCUAAUAAGUUUUUUCUUUUUCUUCUGCUGUGUCUUUAGUCAGACAAAGAACAUAGGAGCUGGAGGUGAACCCGUGUUGGAUUCAUCCACUUUUGGGUACUAUGAAGUCUAAUCGUUGGACCUUAUGACAUUCAGCUAUGUUUGUGGUAGAGCACAUGGCAGAGCUGGGGGCUGUGCAGCAUGUGAUGCAGGAAUUAUGCAGAAACCGCUGUCUUCACUUGAAUUCCAAAUGUUAUUAAAUCUUUCUGUUGUUUGUACAGACAACCAGCGGACAGCCGUCAUGUUAUGGUGCCCUGUGUAGUUCACAUGGAUCAGCGUUCCUGAGAUUUGUACAAUGUGCUUCACAUAUUUGAAUGAAAAUGUUACACUGGCUUACCUCUGCUGAUUCAUCCACUGCUGAGUGCAAACGCUCAUGAAGUGUCACUCCCACACAGCACUAGGUUUAUUCUGUUUAGUCAUCAGAUCAGGAGAGUGCUGAAACUGCAGUUUUGAUUAUGCUAAAGAAUGUGUUGUGUUUCUUUGAUAUAAAUUUUAAUAGAAAACAUAGUUUGUUUAACAUUGUACUUAAAGUACAUUAUAUAUAAAGUAAAUGAAGGGUUUAAGAUCAUGUCCAGCUUUUCCUACUUUACAGAAUCUAUUUUUUCAGAAGUACUUUUAUAUAUUUGAAGAAGACAAGCACAUUGUUUUAAGUCAAAAACAAAUAAUGUUAGAACAGAAAAUUGAGUGCUUAAAAGCAAAAUCAAAAAUCCAGAAAAGAUUAUGAAAAUCAUUUGCAUUUUUUGGGGUUUUGUAGGUUGACUUUUGCCCAGAAUAAAGCAUAGGAAGCAGGGUCCACCUGCAAACACACAUGUCCUUUUUAUUUGCAUAAAUCCUUAAAAGUUAUUCUUUUUUUACUUUUUUCUUUUUGACUAUUUUUCAUCAAUUACAAAAACAUAACUAUUGUAUAUUUAUUGUAUUGUAUACUGUAUAUUGUAAAACAGGAAAACAAUAGUGUGAAUGCCUCUAGGUGCUCUCACGAUAAAAACAUAUAUUUUUAUAAUCCAUGUUCAUUUGGAGCAGCAAACUUCCAUGUAUUGAUUACAAAUAUUUCUGCUAAGCAAUGAAGACAAAAUAAAGAUUUGGCUGACAGUCACAAAAUGUUUCCAGCAUCUAAUGAAAAUAGUAACAGAAUGUGCUGAUGGGCACUAAUGAAGUCACUUUGCUUCCCAGAUGCAGUUCUUAAAAAGAGAAACGAUCUCAUCAGCACACUGAAUUCCUCUUAAGGCAAAACGGAUUAUGUAUCACAUGUACUGACAGUUAAAGCAUGCAUGCACAAACAAAACUGUUAGUAUUCAAAUUUGAUGUCAAAGAAAUUGGAAUCUAAUGAGCACAUUACAGAUGCCAAACAGCUGUGAUAAAGUCUGUAGGGGGGGGGGUGAGAUGUGUUUGACAGCUCUCUGGCACUGAAAUUAUUCAUCAUCACACUGAGGUUAUCUCGGUUUGUCGAUGCGCAGGUAGAAACAUGAAUAUUUGUUUUGGGGGAUGAAGCCGAGUGUGCACACAGCAGGCGAGGCUCAUGUUGCGGUUUAGGCCGAUACUUGUGCUGAGAUUGACUGAGCAUCCUGAGAGGUAUUAACACCAGAACACCUCUGACCCUGCAGAGAAGCCGGGGAUAUUGUCAAGAGAGUGUCCCGGCUUGUUAAUGCAGCUGAAGCAUGGCUUACUUCAGACAGCUUGACUUUAUAAACUGUUGGGGAGUGUAUGGUGCAGCAGAAGCCCCCGCCCGUCCUCCCUGAACAGCUGCACACUGGAACAGGCGACUGCCUGCUCUUGUAAUUCUCAUUCUUCAGAGGUGGAUCAUCGCAGCCACAGGCCUGACUCAUGCACGCCUGACUUAAAAGUGCCGGGACGCCCCGGAAGACAGCGAGUCUGCUGAGAGACCGCCGAGCUCUUCUCAGGCUGCGAAGCACCAGCUGUGCAUAUCUGGGACAGAAUUCCGCUCAUGAAAAGUUGAUGAUGGAGUAUUUAGGACUGCUGCUGGUGCUGCUGCUCAGCCUCAGAGGAGCGUGGAGCGCUGUGGUGGAGUGGACAGAAUUAAAUGAAGCCAUGGCAUAUUUGAGGCAGUUUGGUUACCUGGGUGACCCCACUGAUCCACAAGACCCUCAUUAUCUGGAGGAGCUCAUUGAGGCUCUCAGAGUAUUUCAGAGGGUGAAUGAUCUGCCACCUACUGGAGAGUUAGAUGAUGUUACCCUGGAAGUAAUGAGGCAGCCCCGCUGUGGGGUGGAGGAUCCCUUUAACAAGAAAUUAAACAAGUACAGAGUGAUGGGUCGUUGGAGAAAAAAGAAACUGACCUACCGCAUCUACAACUAUACACCUGACAUGAUGAAGUCCGAGGUUAGGGCGGCCAUCCGUUCUGCUUUCAAGUACUGGAGUGAUGUGGCAGCUUUGACUUUCACAGAAGUCGACUACGGCAGAGCAGACAUAAGAAUCUCCUUUCACAAGAAGGAUGGUUUCUGCUCUGUCCCGUUUGAUGGCCGGGGUCACGUUUUAGCUCACGCCGAGUCUCCAGAAUCUGGAAUCGUCCACUUUGAUGAGGAUGAGUUCUGGACUGAGGGAUCUUAUUCGGGGACCAAUCUGCGCAUCGUAGCUGCCCAUGAGAUCGGCCACGCCCUCGGUCUGGGCCACUCCCAGUUCAGAAGUGCCCUGAUGGCUGCUGUCUACAUCGGUUACCGCUCCAACUUCAGGCUGCACUCCGAUGACGUGAAAGGCAUCCAAGCAUUGUACGGCAAACGCAUCAGCAGCCCUUUAGCUACUCCAUCAACUCCAAGCGGGCUGUUUCCCACAGAGGGCAGUGGUGGAAGUGCCAGUGUCCCUGAUCCCUGCACUGCUGUGCUAGAUGCCAUCAUGCUGGGUCCUUGGGAUAAAACCUUUGCCUUUAGCGGUGAUUAUGUCUGGACGAUCUCUGACCUGGGCCAUAACACACCAUUAAAAAUCAACAGACUGUGGAGGGAACUCCCUGGAAACCUAAAUGCUGCUGUCCAUUCUCAAAGAACGAACAAGACAUACUUCUUUAAAGGCAGUAAAGUGUGGAGGUAUACACGAUUCAUGCUCGACAUUGGCUACCCAAAAGAGGUGAAAAAGAUCCCUGCUGACAUCAAUGCAGCCUUGUACCUGCAGAAAAACAAAAAGCUGGUCUUCAUAAAGGGAUCAGAGCACUGGCAGUUUGAUGAACUGAGGUACAACGACAUGACUUUAUACCCCAAACCGCUCAGCAAGCUCUUCACCGGCGUGCCAUCCUCACCUGAUGCAGCCUUCACAUGGAACAACGGCAAGGUCUUCUUCUUUAAGGGGGAUGAGUACUGGCGGGUGAACGAAUUUCUGAGAGCUGACCAGGGAUACCCGCUGAGCAAGAAGGAGCGUUGGAUGCGAUGUUAGUUAGCGACCAUCAGGCGGCAGCAGACACAAAGAGGUCUGAGGGAGGAGCUGCUGGUUCCACUUCAGGGCCAUUAAAAUGCGUCCUCAAAAACAGUUGUGUGUGAUGCAGGACUGAACACAUUACAGAAAACUAGUGUGAGAAGUCCUAUAAUUUCACUGGAUCGGAGUACAAACAAUGUGCUCCCGAGCCGGUUGACGUCUGUGAGGCGAUCUCCUGUACUGUGUUUGUGCAACUAACUUUUGUCUGCUAACAAGUUCAAGCUAAAAUAUGAUCUUUGGGAGAAAUCAAGGCCUUGUGUUUUUUUUCUUUGACAUGUGUCUUAGAUUACAUGUCGCAAUAGCUUCAGUAUGAUGGGAUAUGGUGAUAGGAGUGUAGUCCUUUUCUUCAGUUUUGUUUAAUCAGUUUCUUAAGCAAGUUCAGAGUACGCUGACACCAUUUAAAAACGUAUUAAUAUGUGAAAAACCUGCCAUAUGACUUAUGUUCUUAUGCUAUGUGAAAACAUAAGAUUUUCAACUAUUAAAGAGAUUACAAAAGCA